AUGGCAACCGCCGGUCAAGUUAUCCGAUGCCAGGCUGCUGUUGCAUGGGAGGCGGGGAAGCCGCUGGUGAUAGAGGAGGUGGAGGUUGCACCGCCUCAGGCCAUGGAAGUCAGGAUCAAGAUCCUCUACACUGCCCUCUGCCACACCGAUGUCUACUUCUGGGAGGCCAAGGGGCAGACACCCAUUUUCCCAAGAAUCCUUGGUCAUGAGGCUGGAGGGGUGAUUGAGAGCGUGGGAGAGGGAGUGACUGAUCUUCAGCCCGGCGACCAUGUGCUGCCCGUCUUCACCGGAGAAUGUGGUGACUGCGCCCACUGCAAGUCGGAGGAGAGCAACAUGUGCGACCUUCUCAGGAUCGACCCGGACAGGGGCGUCAUGCUCGCCGACGGGCAGUCCAGGUUCACCAUUAACGGGCAGCCCAUCAACCACUUCCUCGGCACCUCCACCUUCAGUGAAUACACCGUUGUUCACUCCGGCUGCGUCGCCAAGAUCAACUCAGAGGCUCCCCUUGAGACUAUCUGUGUUCUCAGCUGCGGAUUCUGUACAGGGUUUGGUGCAACCGUGAAUGUUGCUAAGCCAAAGAGAGGCCAGACUGUGGCUGUCUUUGGAUUGGGAGCUGUCGGCCUUGCUGCUUGUGAGGGCGCAAGGUUUGCUGGUGCUUCAAGGAUUAUUGGGGUGGACAUCAACCCUGAUAGAUUCGAACAAGCAAAGAAUUUUGGCUGCACAGAUUUUGUGAACCCAAAGGACUAUGAUAAGCCUGUCCAAGAGGUGAUUGCUGAGAUGACAGAUGGUGGUGUCGAUAGGGCUGUUGAAUGCACCGGCAGCAUUGAGGCCAUGAUCUCUGCCUUUGAAUGUGUUCACGAUGGAUGGGGAGUUGCUGUGCUGGUUGGUGUUCCUCAUAAGGAUGCAGUGUUCAAGACGCACCCGGGGAACUUCUUGGUGGAGAAAACUCUGACAGGAACAUUCUAUGGCAACUACAAGACCCGCUCCGACAUCCCUGGUGUCGUUGAGCUCUACAUGAAGAACGAGAUUGAGGUGGAUAAGUUCGUGACUCAUCGUCUUCCAUUCUCUGAAAUCAACAAGGCCUUUGAUCUCAUGUUCAAUGGGCAGGGCGUUCGCUGUGUCAUGAGCAUGGAAGAAUGA